UUUUAUAGAAGUAGAACCUUGAAUCACAAUUUGAUGGACUACGAAAGAAAGAGAUGUUCUCCAAUAAGUUAUUAGCAAACCUUUUUCAAUCAGCAGUGCUAAUUACUUUUAUAAAAAAGCCUUUUGGAGGACUAGAGGUAUCCUCAGGUGGUAGAGUGCCUGCUUUGCAAGAACAAAGCCCUGAGUUCAAACUCUAGUCCCACGUAAAAAUAAAAAAUAAAUCCCAGCGGAGCAUAAAAAGCCUUUGGAUCAGACAUUUUAUACAUGUCUAAUUUAAAGUUACAAAUGCAUAACUUUUUGCUGGGAGGAUAAGGAAGUAUGUUGGAAUCAGUGUAACCUGAGAAAUGAAAACAUUCUUUUGUUGCUAACAUACAGGUAUUUCUUAACAGCUCAAGUGUAUUGUUCAGAAUAUAUCUUUUUCUACUCUGAGAAAGUUUGGGUUAAGGGCAUAGCCUAAAAACACAUGAAAGAGAGCAUUCUGGUUUAUGGAUUAGAUUGCAUUUGUAAACACGAUUACAAUUUGGUGAAUAUGAGUCAACUAAAAUUUUGGGUAAGAAAUUUUCCUACGUGCAUUUAUUUGGAUGUUAAUAAUUUAAUUUUUCAAAGUUUAUUAAAACAUUGCUUCUUGUAGCAUGUAAACUUAUGUUGGGUGGGAAAAAGUAUAAGUGGGAAAUUGUUUAAACAUGUAAAUUAAAUGAUCAGCCCUAAAAUUUUUGUUUUUUUGUGAAGUAAUCUGGAUUGCUUAUUUUAUAUGCUGGGAUGCUAGUUGUUUUUUCUAUUAAUACACUUAACUUGCAUUCUAGCUUCGCCAUUCAGAGACAGGCAUCGUGUGGUGGGUUGUGUGACAGUGUCUGUCAAUAGUGAAGAGAAAUAGUGCCAGAGACACUUAACCCAUCCAAUCUCACCCAGGGUAUAGGAUUUGCCUCUGAAGCAGGGAGUGUCUGCAUUAAAAAUGACCUGUAGUUCUCUGCUUCAUAGAUGCUUCUUCAGCUCCCUCCUCUUCCUCCAUGGGCGGUGCUUGCAGCUCCUUUACCACCUCUUCCAGCCCUACCAUUUAUUCUACCUCAGUCACCGACAGCAAGGCUAUGCAAGUGGAGAGCUGCUCCUCAGCCUUGGGGGUAAGUAACAGAGGGGUAAGUGAAAAGCAGUUAACCAGUAACACAGUUCAGCAGCAUCCAACAACCCCGAAGAGGCACACAGUGUUGUACAUCUCACCACCACCUGAGGACUUGCUGGAUAACAGUCGGAUGUCCUGCCAGGAUGAGGGGUGUGGAUUGGAAUCUGAGCAGAGCUGCAGUAUGUGGAUGGAGGAUUCCCCCUCCAACUUCAGUAACAUGAGCACCAGUUCCUACAAUGAUAACACUGAGGUACCUCGUAAAUCACGAAAACGAAAUCCAAAGCAGAGGCCGGGGGUCAAACGACGAGAUUGUGAAGAAUCUAAUAUGGAUAUAUUUGAUGCCGACAGUGCCAAAGCACCUCACUAUGUGCUUUCUCAGCUUACCACGGACAACAAAAGCAACUCAAAAGCUGGAAAUGGAACACUGGACAACCAAAAAGGAACUGGAGUAAAGAAGAGCCCUAUGUUGUGUGGACAGUAUCCUGUUAAAAGUGAAGGAAAGGAGCUGAAGAUAGUUGUACAGCCUGAGACCCAACACCGAGCUCGGUACCUGACUGAGGGCAGCCGGGGCUCGGUAAAGGACAGAACACAGCAAGGCUUUCCUACAGUAAAGCUGGAAGGCCAUAAUGAACCAGUAGUGUUGCAGGUGUUUGUGGGCAAUGACUCUGGUCGAGUGAAACCACAUGGAUUCUAUCAGGCUUGCAGGGUAACUGGACGAAAUACAACUCCCUGCAAAGAAGUGGAUAUUGAAGGCACCACUGUUAUAGAAGUUGGCCUUGAUCCUAGCAACAACAUGACAUUGGCGGUGGACUGCGUAGGAAUACUGAAGUUGAGGAAUGCUGAUGUUGAAGCCAGAAUAGGAAUUGCUGGUUCCAAGAAAAAAAGCACUCGUGCCAGAUUGGUUUUUCGAGUUAAUAUAAUGAGAAAAGAUGGCUCCACUUUGACACUACAAACACCCUCUUCUCCAAUUUUAUGUACUCAACCAGCAGGAGUGCCAGAGAUCUUAAAGAAAAGCUUACAUAGCUGUUCAGUGAAAGGAGAGGAAGAAGUGUUUUUAAUCGGCAAGAACUUUCUAAAAGGAACUAAAGUUAUUUUCCAAGAAAAUGUUUCUGAUGAAAAUUCUUGGAAAUCAGAAGCUGAAAUCGACAUGGAAUUGUUUCAUCAGAACCAUCUUAUUGUGAAGGUUCCCCCAUAUCAUGAUCAACAUAUAACUUUGCCUGUCUCUGUGGGAAUAUAUGUAGUGACCAAUGCUGGAAGAUCUCAUGAUGUUCAACCAUUCACUUACACUCCAGACCCAGCAACAGCUGGUGCUUUGAACGUAAAUGUGAAGAAGGAAAUAUCUAGUCCAGCAAGACCUUGCUCUUUUGAAGAGGCCAUGACAGCAAUGAAAAAUACUGGAUGUAACUUAGAUAAGGUAAAUAUUCUUCCUAACGCCCUGAUCACUCCACUCAUAUCAAGCAGUAUGAUUAAGACUGAAGAUGUUACUCCAAUGGAAGUAACAGCAGAAAAAAGAUCUUCCCCUAUUUUUAAGACUACAAAGACAGUUGGAUCAACUCAGCAAGCUUUAGAAAAUAUUUCUAACAUAACAGGAAAUGGGUCCUUUUCAUCACCAUCAUCCUCCCACUUAGCUUCUGAGAAUGAAAAGCAACAGCAGCUUCAGCCCAAGGCAUACAACCCAGAGACCCUGGCAACUAUCCAAACACAGGACAUCUCACAGCCUGGGACCUUUCCAGCAGUUUCUGCCUCUAGUCAGCUGCCCAGCAAUGAUGCACUCCUGCAGCAGGCUACACAGUUUCAGACAAGAGAAGCUCAGUCUAGAGAAGUAUUACAGUCAGAUGGUACAGUGGUUAAUUUGUCACAACUGACUGAGGCUUCACAGCAACAGCAGCAGUCCCCACUACAAGAACAAGCACAGACUUUACAGCAGCAGAUGUCAUCAAAUAUUUUUCCAUCACCAAAUAGUGUGAGUCAGCUCCAGAAUACUAUUCAGCAUUUGCAAGCAGGAAGUUUUACAGGUAGUACUGGUGGUGGCAGCACUGGAAGUGUUGAUUUGGUCCAGCAAGUUUUAGAGGCACAACAACAGUUAUCUUCAGUUUUAUUUUCUGCUCCAGAUGGUAAUGAGAAUGUUCAAGAACAGCUUAGUGCAGACAUUUUUCAACAAGUCAGUCAAAUUCAAAAUAGUGUAAACCCUGGAAUAUUUUCCUCAUCAGAGCCAGCAGUCCACACCAGAUCAGAUAAUUUAAUACCUGGAAGAGGUGAAAGUGUUUGUCCACAGACUGAAAACACAUUAUCUAAUCCACAACAGCAACAACAGCAACAGCAAGUGAUGGAAUCAUCAGCUGCAAUGGUGAUGGAGAUGCAACAGAGUAUUUGCCAGGCUGCCGCCCAAAUUCAGUCAGAGUUAUUCCCUUCAGCUGCUUCAGCAAAUGGAAACCUUCAACAAUCUCCAGUUUACCAGCAGCCUUCUCACAUGAUGAGUACACUAUCUGCCAAUGAGGACAUGCAAAUGCAGUGUGAAUUGUUUUCCUCUUCUCCUGCAGUUUCUGGAAAUGAAACUUCUACAACCACCACACAGCAGGUUGCAACCCCUGGCACUACCAUGUUUCAGACAUCAAGUUCUGGAGAUGGAGAAGAAAAUGGAUCACAGGCAAAACAGAUUCAGAAUAGUGUCUUUCAGACCAUGGUCCAAAUGCAACAUACUGGGGACAAUCAGCCUCAGGUUAACCUUUAUUCAUCUACAAAAAGUAUGAUGGGUGUUCAAAAUAGUAGUACUCAGCAACAAGGUAAUGGUUUAUUCCAGCAAGGGAGUGAGAUGAUGUCACUUCAAUCUGGGAAUUUUUUACAGCAAUCUUCUCAUUCACAGGCUCAACUUUUUCAUCCUCAAAAUUCUAUUGCUGAUGCUCAGAACCUUUCCCAGGAAACUCAAGGCUCAAUUUUUCAUAGUCCAAAUCCUAUUGUCCACAAUCAGGCUUCAACAGCAUCCUCUGAACAAAUGCAGCCUCCUAUGUUUCAUUCCCAGAAUACCAUUGUGUUACAGGGCUCUUCAGUUCCACAAGACCAGCAGUCACCCAAUAUUUUUCUUUCCCAAAGUCCUAUGAAUAAUCUUCAAACUAACACAGUAACCCAGGAAGAACAGAUUUCAUUUUUUGCAGCACAGAACUCAAUUUCUUCACUUCAAUCAACAUCAAACACUGAACAGCAAGCUGCCUUCCAACAGCAGACUCCAAUCUCACAUAUCCAGACCCCUAUGCUUUCUCAAGAACAGGCACAACCCUCCCAGCAAGGUUUAUUUCAGCCUCAGGUGCCCCUGGGCUCCCUUCCACCUAAUCCAUUGCCUCAAAACCAACAAGGAACAAUUUUCCAGUCACAGCACUCAAUAGUUGCUAUGCAGAGUAACUCUCCAUCCCAGGAACAGCAGCAGCAGCAGCAGCAACAACAACAACAACAACAGCAACAACAGCAGAGCAUUUUAUUCAGUAAUCAGAAUACUAUGGCCACAAUGGCAUCUCAAAAGCAACCACCACCAAACAUGAUAUUCAGCCCAAACCAAAAUCCAAUGGCAAGUCAGGAGCAGCAGAACCAGUCAAUUUUUCACCAACAAAGUAAUAUGGCUCCAAUGAAUCAAGAUCAGCCAAUGCAAUUUCAGAAUCAGCCCACAGUUUCCUCACUUCAGAAUCCAGGUCCUACCCAGUCUGAGUCAUCACAGACCUCCUUAUUCCAUAGCUCUCCUCAAAUUCAGUUGGUGCAAGGGUCACCUGGUUCUCAAGAGCAGCAAGUUACACUCUUCCUCUCUCCAGCAUCCAUGUCUGCAUUGCAAACCAGUAUAAACCAACAAGACAUGCAACAGUCUCCUCUUUACUCUCCUCAGAACAACAUGCCUGGAAUCCAAGGAGCCACAUCUUCACCCCAGUCACAGGCUACUUUAUUUCACAACACUGCAGGAAGCACAAUGAACCAGCUACAGAAUUCUCCUGGCUCAUCUCAGCAGACUUCAGGAAUGUUCUUAUUUGGCAUUCAGAAUAACUGUAGCCAACUUUUAACCUCGGGACCGGCUACAUUGCCAGAUCAGUUGAUGGCCAUAAGUCAGCCAGGCCAACCACAAAAUGAGGGACAGUCACCUGUGACAACACUUCUUUCUCAGCAAAUGCCAGAGAAUUCUCCACUGUCAUCCUCUAUAAACACCAACCAGAACAUAGAAAAGAUUGAUUUGCUUGUUUCAUUGCAGAACCAAGGGAACAACCUGACUGGCUCCUUUUAACUGGGUAUCAAAUUUCCUGAGGAAAAUCAUGAUUCCGGAAUGUCCUGAGAUCUUGUGGUUCGAUGAAGAUUACCGAAUUGUUACUUUUAAUACAAAAUAUGAUAAAGAAAAUGGAUAGCUUUUCCUCUGACUGUAAAAGAGUUCAUCUAUGCUGCCUGUUGCAGUGAUUAGCCACCAAUGUUAACAUAUUCAUAUUUUGUAUUCCUAAUAACAGUAAUGACUGAGAGUCUAUUUGAGUUUCCAGCUGACAGAAUUAAUUGUUAUUUUCCUAGAUACAAUGUCUUUAUAAGUGCAGGUUAAAUUCAAAGCUGGAACACUUAGUUAUUAUUGCUAUUAGAAAAUAAUAUUUGUCAUGUUUACUUUUGUUCUUCAUUAUUUUCUUUCCCAUAUUAUUUUAGUCAAAUAAUGGCUUAUGAAAAAGUAAAGUUCAGUAAUAACCAAGGCUGUGAUUUUUUUUUUUUCAAUACAGAAGGCACAGCUGUUGGCCAAAGUGAAGGAAUCUUUUUUUCAAUUUUUUUUAAGAAACUGAUGGGGUAACAUUCUGACAAAUAAGCUGUAUUAAGAACUGUGCACAGAUAAGAGGACUUUUAAUUAAACACAAAGGCAGAUGACAUACAAAAUUGGGGACAGCUGGAAAGUUACUGAUUUUUCAGAGAGUUCUUUGUUUUUUUUCUACUAAGGGGUAUAGUCAUAAAUGUGCAUAGAAAAAUCAUUAUUUUGCUCUAUGAAAAAAUGAAAAGGGUAAUAUAUGGUAAAGUAUAUUCUAGUGUCUUCUAUAGUAGUUUAAACUGACAGUAAUUUGAGUCUAUUUUCUUCUUAACUCAGUCUUAGGCUGGUAUUCCCUUUUUAUAUGCAUCUAUGUUAUUUUCCACAUACUUUUUAUCUUUAUUUUAGACAUUAGUUAAUAGAAUACUGGCUUUUUGACUCUGUAGAAACGUAAAGAAAAAGGCCACUUUUAUCCAAGGUGACCUAGCAAUCCUGCAGCACAAGACAAGGAGUAUUCUUUUAGGAAUUAUUGGGAGCUGAUUUCUGAGGGAAAAAAAAACCCUGCAUUUUUUUUUCCCAUGAACGGUGCUGUUCUGAAGUCUUCAAAAUUUUCUCUGUAAUAGAAAACAGUAUAAAUUUUCAUUGUAAAAAAGGCAAACAAAAAUUUCUUGAAAUAUCACUUCUUCCUGAGCUGCAGUGACUACAAUUCACUUGUCACCUCAGUGCUUUUACAGUUUGAAGUGGUCACUUACCUAAUGGUUCCCACAAGCCUUAGGCUUUACAGGGUCAUAUCAUUGGCUUAAAAUGAAGAAUUAACUUAUGUUACUUCUAUAAAGAGCAAAAUAACACUCCAGAACUUAGAGUUGUAGCAUUAGUUAUACAGUUUUGGGUGUUCUUGCCACCUAUGGGAUGCCUGCUUCUAACUACCACCUGUGUCUGGACACGUGCUUAUGUCUCAUUUUUCUUUGGCAUGUGGAAAGCUGUUAAUGCAGUGUAAGGCCAACUGUGUGUGGCUUCUGUGUGUUGAUAUAAUGUUUUGGUAUCCUUGUCCAUUUCUUCUAUUUUUAAGUGUAUAAAAAUAGCCUGCUAAUGAUUGUUGAAGGCUACUUUUCUUUUUUUCUCCUCCUACCCUAUGCAUUUAAUGUUGGUUUUGUUUAUACAGCCAGAUUUUUUCCCCUUUUUUGUGAUGGUCUUCCUUUGUUCUUCUAAUUUUUUUUCUCUCUCUCUCUUUUUACUUUCCUAUAUCCUUCCCUCCACUCCCAACCCUUUCUUUCUCUCUCUGAUUGAGAGGCAUUGAAUUACGUUUUCAGUAGUACAGGCUUCUUGCCGAUAUGAAGGGAACUUUUCAGAAAGAGACCUACUCUGGGUCAUUUAAUUUUUGAAUACAGUUUUCAAUCGUUCAAGUUUUGGAUGGUUUAUAUCUAAUGUGUGUUUCAUUUUUUUGGAAAGCUAUAUUUUGUAUUUAGGAAAUGGUAUACUAUUUUGCUAUUUGUACUGAGUGAGUACAUUGGCAUAAAUAUAGAAAUUUAUAUAUAUACAUAUAUAUAAACUAUUCUUUUUUUGCCACACAUUUUUGUGGUAAAUUUGUGAGUUUGUCUGAUGUUCUACCACAACGUGGCGUCUGAUAACAGUGAGGGGGGGUUUGUUAUGUCUUUAUUGAGUAUUUAAGUACCUUUUGAAACAAAUGACCUGUUCAUCUGUAGCCAUUCCAUCAGGCAGUUCCUUGAUGUUAUUAGUGGGCUAAAAGGCAGCUUACUGUGUGUUUGCUGGUUCUUUCAUUCAGCAAAAUGUUGGUUAAAGAGUAAGGAAUCCUAUCAAGGCAGUUGUAUCAAAUGGUGUUUUACAAGAAUGAGCCAUUCAGUCUUUGCUCACUAUAUAUUUAAUAUUUUAUUGUUAUUUUUAUUAUUAAUUGGCUUUCUGUAUUCUAUGCCUUUUAUUUAUAAAGACACUAAAAAAUUUGUAAUUUUAAUAACAUUUUCUCCAUCUUGUAAUACCCAGAGCUACUUUAUAAAUUCUCUGAACCAAAAGUGUUUUUCUCAGUAUAUCUCUUCUCCCCGUCCCCUAAUAUAGUUCAGGUUAUUAGAAGGAUCAGCCACACAAUCCAGUGCUUCACUUUUAAAAUGUAAAACUAACUCUAAAAGGUUGCCUAUAAUGUCAGAGAAAGCAGGUAUUUAAAAAGAAUAAAAAUUAAAAAACUAUUAUUUCUGAUUUUUUUUUCUAAAAUCACAUAGGAGACCCAAGAAGUGUAUUUGCUCAUCAAGAUCUAAUUAGAAUGUUUGUUGAUACUGUACCUUGGAUGAAGUGGUGGCAAGAAGACUGGCUUGUGUGGUGACUUCUGUCUGUUCUGUGGUUUAUCAGGAGGUUUAUCCUUAUAAAAUGCUGAUUGGCAAUGCCAAGUCACCGGGACCAAUUUUCUGUUUUAUAAUAUCUAAGUUUAGAACAGAACAUACACCUGAACUGUAGUGGUUUGAUUGCAUAGAGGCAGAAAACCCAGUUUUUAUUCUCAUAAAUCUUGUGGUUAUUUAUAUAAGGGCUGUGCUAUACUACCAUAUUCUGAUUCAAUAAUGAUAGGGGUUUUGUUAGGUUUGGGUUUUUUUUGGGUUUUUUUGUUUUUUUACAUUGUUAAAUGUUCUUAACCCCUAAGGUCAAUGUUAAGUACAACAUUCUGAAUUUGAUUACAAAGAGUAUUUGUCUUCUAAUUGAAGAGUUAGCUCAGUGGUUGACGCUUGUGCUAAUAAUGCAGUUUCCCAAUUACUGUUACAAGUUACUGUUACAUAUGGGAAGGACUCAGUGAACCAGCAAAGGCCUUGGAAACAAUUUAUUGAUUUAUGGCAGAAGGACCUAAAUAAACUGUGAACCACAUUUUAUUUCUUUAUAUUGUUACAUUCAACUGUUCUUGCUUUCAGUGACUCACAUAAAUACUUGGAGCUUAUCUCUCUCUCUCUCUUUCUCUCUCUCUGUGUGUGUGUGUGUGUGUGUGUGUGUGUGUGUGUGUGUUACUCCUUAUCAUCAUUCCAUUAUAGAUCCACACCAAGGAGGGAAGAUAAUUAGAAGUCAUAUUUUGCUUCUGAGCUUUAUCAUGUUACCUUUCUGAUUAGAGUAUCAUGUUAUUUAGCCAAUGCAAAUGUGUUUCACCAAGACUCCCUAGAAUAGGUUUUUAAAAGGGCUUUGUUUAUUAUAGAAGCAGUAUUAAUGACAGGCCUACUUCUUUCCAUCCUUUGAUUCUUCCAUUCUCUGUUGCUUUUGUUGUUGUUGUUAUAUGUUCUAUAGUUUGGGAUGUCAUUAUAGUCCAUUUUUUUGCCCAUCAGAACCUCAGAUAAUCUACUUUGGAAAAAUAGUGUCAAAGGAAAUAAGGAAAAAGUUAUAUCUAUAUUUUUCUAGAAUGGGCAUAAUAAUUCCUUUUGACCUUUUUUUAUUGUUUUUUGUUUGGCUUUUGGAUUUUUUUCUGUUUUGGGGGCAAAGGGGUUGUUUGUUAUUUUAUUUUACUUUUGAA